AUGUGCGUCAACGACCGACGUGGCGCUGGCGCGUCCUCUUCUCCAUCGUCGGCCAGCAAAUGGUGCCCAGAAUUCCACCCCACACGCACGGAGUUCCAGUCCUUUGCCACUUACAUCCGCACGGUCGUGGAGCCCCAAUGUACCCGUAUUGGCAUUUGCAAGGUCAUCCCUCCUCGUGGCUGGUUCAGCCGCUCGUACGACGUCUCGGAGCUCCAGUGCCAGGUCUCGGCUCCAGUGGGCCAGCACGUGGCGGGCAAGAAGGGCAUUUUCAAUGUGGACUUGGUGGAGAAAAAGGCCAUGAGCCCUGCUGAGUUUAAAACAAUGGCAGAAACUGCGACGGAUCGAGAACCUGAUGACUCUGAUGAUCCGCUAGAAGUGGAACGGAGAUUCUGGAAGGGACUGCGGGGAACGAUGGACCCGCCCAUUUAUGGUGCCGAUAUUGUGGAUUCGCUGUUUGGUGACGCUAACGCGCUAUCGUGGAACCUGAAUGACCUCAAUACGAUUUUGCGCAAAAUCGACCUCCCUGGCGUCACGCGAGCGAUGUUGUAUUUUGGCAUGUGGAGAGCGAUGUUUGCAUUUCACACGGAGGAUAUGGAUCUGUAUAGCAUAAACUACUUGCACACGGGAAAGCCAAAGUUUUGGUAUGGAGUCCCUCCAGAUUCUGGUCCUCAGCUGGAAAGAGCUGCACAAUCGAUGUUUCCCGAGAAGCACCACCAGUGCCACCAGUUCCUGCGCCACAAGACGUCUCUGAUCUCGCCCGCCCGACUAAAAGAGUUUGGCGUCCCGUUUUAUCGGGCGUAUCAAAAGCCAGGCGAAUUCGUGAUAACUUUUCCGUCUACUUAUCACCAAGGAUUUAAUCUCGGAUACAACAUCGCUGAAGCUGUCAAUUUCGCGAUGCUGCAUUGGAUUCCGUACGGGUUGAAGGCAAAGGUUUGCAAAUGUCUCCCUGACAGCGUAAGGAUCGACAUGGAUUCCUUCCUCACGCAGCUGUUUGACGAGCCUCAAUGUAGCACAGAGCUCUUGGGCGAAGAUCCCUGGGUCUUCAGCUGCAAGUGCAGUAAGUACUGUAGUAGCAAUAAUCAUCAAGCGGUUGUAGAGGAACAAUGGUUUGAAUGCUCGAAAUGCAAGAUCUGGGUCCACGUUCGCUGCAUUCACCCUGCUUUGGCCAAUCUGGCAGCUAAAGACCUUCCGCAGUCGCUGCUGUGUCAUCGUUGUCUCGCUGAAGAAGCUGGAGGUACGUCACCCGCACUACCCAGCGCCGGAGUUGGACGUCGAAGUGGCAGGGCAUCAAAAAACAUUAUGGGAGACAGCGUCCGCAAACGGGGCAAAGACGCAAAGGUUCGCUCCAAGCGAAAACCAGCAAGAGUACCAGCCUCAGUGGUCAUGCUGUCACCGCCAAGGAAAAAUAAAGUCACGGCAGAGGUCAGUCGAUGCGUGGUUCAAGCACGUGCUUGCACGCCGACAAAGGGCAGUGCCCACAAGUAUUUAACGGUCAAGGGCUCAACUAUCCGAUUCGACGACACUGAGGCUAAAGUUGUGGCCAUACAGGGCAAGUUCAUUCGCGUACACUACAAGGGCGAUUCUGUCGACAAUGACGAGUGGCUGUCCGUGACUUCACGAGAGCUGCGACGGCGAAUCAUAACGGUGGAGCCGCCAGCACCAAGUCGAAAGUCGUGA